AUGGAGCUUUACACGCGUAUUAUAGCUCAUAGUUUGCCCGUGGUAAUAGUGGUGCUUAUGGGCUAUUGGAUGGGAGACGGGCUAACGACUUAUACAGUAAAUGAAGGAUUAGUAUCAGCUCGAGAUACAUCGGGAUUUUCAUGGCGUCACGGAGAUGCGCGGGUAUUUAAUUGGCAUCCAGUGCUCAUGAGCUUUGGCUUUAUCUUUUGCUCAAUGCAAGCAGCUCUCGUCUACAUUUCACUACCUUUCAGUCAUGAAAUCAAGAAGCGUAUUCACUUGUCGCUCCAUGCUUUGGGCUUUAUAAGUGCGAGCUUAGGAGCUCUUGCUGUCUUUCGUUUUCACAAUGAACAUAAGAUUAAGAAUCUUUACAGUCUUCAUAGUUGGUUAGGACUGACGGGGUUGAUUCUUUUUGCUACGCAUUGGCUGAGUAGUUUUGCAGUACUUUUCUAUCCUGGAGCAAAGAGGACUGUACGUGCUGCUUUUACACCGUAUCACAUUGGAAUUGGACUGUCCAUUCUUGGUCUGGUAGUUGCUACGGUGGAAUCGGGUAUCUUGGAGAAACUCACGUUCAAUGGCAGCUGCAACGUAAAUGGCAAGCUGAAUGGCGAGGUCGUGCAAGGUUAUAUGGCGCCGGACUGUUUGACAGGGAACAUUAUCGGCUUGCUGGUAGCUCUAUCACUGGUUGCAGUGGUCGUUACAGUCUGGCACGCGAAACACACGGAGCAGGACGAGCUUGUGAAAGACGAGUUGACGCCGUUGCUACCGGACAGCUCGGGCGAGAAGCAGAAUGAGGUCUUACUUUGA